AACCCUACUCCACUCUCUGACGAACUUUCUGGAAAUCUAGCGACGGGUCGGCCAGAAUCGAUAUCCUCUAGGUUAACCGACAUAGGUUAUCUUGUAUAUAUCUUCAUGCCCUCCUUGCUCUGAGAUUAUAAGAUCAAGAAAAAAAAGCUGAAGGAACUGGAAGUCUGGGUGCUGCGUGUGAUUGUUUACAGGAAUUUGAAGUUUGGGUGCUGUGAGUGAUUACAUACAGGCAUUUGUACUUUGGGUUUUGCGUUUGAGUUUCAGGUGUGCUAGAGAUGGCUCAAGUGAAGGUACUCAACACAUGGGUCAGUAUGUUUGGCAUGCGCGUCGUAAUUGCCUUGGAGGAGAAAGGUGUUAAAUAUGAAUAUCAAGAAGAGGUUCUGUCGAAUAAGAGCGAUCUCCUCCUGCAAAUGAAUCCUGUGCACAAGAAAAUCCCCGUUCUGAUCCACAAUGGCCAGCCUAUUUGCGAGUCUCUCAUAAUUGUUCAAUACAUUGACGAGGCUUGGCAUUCCACGCAAUUUCUACCCACCAAGCCAUAUGACCGUGCCCUUGCCCGCUUCUGGGCAGAUUUUACAGAUAAGAAGUUUUAUGAUGCGGGAGCUCGUAUAUUAAGAUCGAAAGACGAGGCUCAAGAGCAGGGCAAGCGUGACUUGUUGGAAUGCUUUCAACUUUUAGAAGGUGCAUUGAAAGAGAUGUCAGAAGGGGGAUCCCUGCCUUUUUUCAAUGGAAAGGAUUUUGGGUUCCUAGAUAUUGCAUUCAUUCCCUUUUCUUGUUGGUUUCAUGCAUAUGAAACUCUUGGGAAUUUCAAGAUACCAUUUGAGAGUGAGUAUCCAUUGCUUGAUGCAUGGGUUAAGAGAUGUAUGGAUAGGGAGAGUGUCAAGAAAGCCCUUCCCUCUCCAGAGAAGGUUUUGGAAUAUGCAAUACAAAUGAGGAAGAGGUUUCUGGGCGAUUAGAAUGAUUGUUCAAAUGCUAUGCCUGCAAUAUGUGGGUAUUCAUCAGGUGAGUAUGUCAUCUGUAAUAGAUGAGCUAUGCAAAAUGUCCAAGAGGGCAGAUGGUCGGUUCAACUUCUUGUUGAAUAAUUAACUGUAUAAUAGGUUUUAAACAUAUUUGCGAGUUGUAUUGUUCAAUUGUAUUGUUGAACAAUUGGUAUGUUAGUAAAUUGUGAUUAAGAACAUUUUAGAGUUCUAUUGUUUGAUUUCAUUAGGUGGAAGAGUGGCAGAGAGGGGUUUAAACAAUUGGUAUGUGUUUAAAUUGUGUUUAAACACAUUUGUUCAAUUUCAUUAUUGAAUAAAUGGUGCAUUUUAUA